AUGGGGUCGGGCACGGCCGUCGCCAAGUCAGCCGCCGAGAUGGUGCUCUCUGACGACAACUUCUCCACCGAAGAGGGCAGGGCCAUUUACAACAACAUGAAGCAGUUCAUCCGCUAUCUCAUCUCCUCCAACGUUGGCGAGGUCGUUUGCAUCUUCCUGACAGCCAUCCUGGGCUUGCCCGAGGCCCUCAUCCCUGUGCAGCUGCUGUGGGUCAACCUGGUGACAGAUGGGCUGCCGGCCACUGCACUGGGCUUUAACCCCCCUGACCUGGACAUCAUGGACAAGCUGCCCCGCAACCCCAAGGAGCCCCUCAUCAGUGGCUGGCUCUUCUUCCGCUACCUGGCCAUCGGAGUGUACGUGGGCCUGGCCACGGUGGGUGCAGCGACAUGGUGGUUCUUAUAUGACGCCGAGGGACCGCAGGUCUCCUUCCAUCAGCUGAGGAACUUCAUGAGGUGCACUGAGGACAACCCCAUCUUUGAAGGAAUCGACUGUGAGAUCUUUGAGUCCCGAUACCCGACCACGAUGGCUCUGUCCGUGCUGGUGACAAUCGAAAUGUGCAAUGCUCUGAACAGUGUCUCCGAGAACCAGUCACUGCUGCGGAUGCCACCAUGGCUCAACAUCUGGCUGCUGGGGGCCAUCAUCAUGUCCAUGGCUCUGCACUUCCUCAUCCUCUACGUCAAGCCCAUGCCUCUCAUCUUCCAGGUCACCCCGCUGAGCUGGCCGCAGUGGGUGGUUGUCAUGAAGAUCUCCCUGCCCGUUAUCCUACUGGAUGAAGGACUCAAGUACCUUUCCCGCAACCAUCUGGACGGCAUUCUCAGGACAGUAAGACACACGUGGAGCGGGGAGCACCGGUUGAAAACCUGCAGGACUCCAGAGCAAGGGCAGCACCAUGUCCCGCAGCCUCCUGCCGCCGGAGCCAAGAUGGCGCCCUUGGCUGAGCGCCUCUACCGCCGAGCACGUAGCGGAAAGGAGCUGCUCACCCUCGUCUGCCCCACGCACCUGCACCUGGCGCCGAGGGCAGCCCCCCGAAAGCGCCCCCGGGAGCACGGGGGCUGUGGCAGGGCUUCCCCUGCCGCGCAGAGAGCCGGGAGCGAGCACCGGCGGCUGCGGCUGCCCUUGUAG